AUGUAUGCAAAGGCAAGCCACCUUUUCUAUUAUCUUGGCUCCAAAGCCUUAACAAAAGGCAUUUAUGAAGCUAAAGGUAAAAGCAGUUCUUACUGUAGCUCAAUCUUUGAAGGCAGUUGGUCAAGAUGUCAGGAUUUGAUUUUUUUCACAAAUCUUGGAGAUUGCCAAAGUACUAUACAGUUCUCAGCCACUGUGCUUGUAGUUACUGAUGCCUUUAGUGUCGGGCUUCCCUCAGUGAUCUACACAGAUGCUGAGGUAAGCCUGCUUCUUCUUAAGACAUAG